AUGGCUCGAGAUGUUUCGGCAUCAGAGAGCAGCCGCGCACCAUCCGCGGCCAGUCUCUUGAGGGAUAGUGACAUCGUGUCGACCGAUUUGUCCGACACGGAGUCACAAAUGAGUGAAACGAGCGGCGUUACAACCCGCCAGACGAGGAAGAGGGCCUUCUUCAAGCGCGGCUCCGAAGGCUCAUCAGACGCAGCUGAGAAUCCGGCGAAGCGGGCGGUUUUACAAGCCGAUUUGGAACAGCCAGCGCGAAGAUGCAGAGCCAAGGCCAGCCACGGCGCCUCCAGUGUCCUCUACGCGGACCACACAGUGGAGGAAAUGGAGCUCAUGGCUCUGGAAGAUCAGAUGGAGAUCUACGAGGUAGCCUCCAAGGCCUCCAACUUGAAGGGGACCUUACAGAAGGCCCUGAAAUGCCGGGCAGCGAGCUUGCUCGGCAUUGUUAAGGAAUUGGCGCAGCGCACCACCUCCGAGGAGACGCGGCAACUGCAGGCGAAGGUGGAUCGCCUGCAGAAAGAGGUGUCCGCGCUGCACGCGCGCGUUGCCGAGCCCACGUCUCGGCCCGAGGGGAUGUCGGAAGGUCCAGGACCUAUGCCUCCCUCCUCCAACCUUGAGGAUAUUAUCCGCAAGGUAGUCAUGGAGGAGAGGGCCUUCACCAGGGCCUGUCUCGCCGGCAUCGAGGACCGGCUCCUACCGGAGAAGCGACUACGCCCUCCACUCGCGGCAGAUAAGGCACCCGGACGGAUGCCCAUCGCACCGGGGCCCUCAACGGCCCCAGCCCAAGCUAUGCCCCAGGUGCUAAAGACCACCAAGGGCAAAGGAAAGGGCAAGAAGACGUCACCGGCCCCGACUGCUCCGACGGUCCCUCCGGAACCAGUGAGGGAAGACCCAAUGCUGCCCUCCACCACCCCUUCCAACCAGCCUUGGAUUAAGGUGGUACCAAGGAAGCAGAAAGGGAAAAAGUCGGCUCCUGAGCCCCCUGCAGCCAAGCCUGCAGUUUCAGCGGACAAGAGGAGGAAGCUCGCUCCUCCUCCAAGAACUGCAGCCGUGUUAGUGACAUUGACCCCAGAGGCAGCGGAACGAGGGGAGACAUAUGAGUCCGUGCUGCGGCGGGCUCGUGCAAACGUCGACCCUGCGGAACUCGGAGCUGGCAGGGUCACGUGCCGGAAAACCCAAACAGGGGCCCGAAUCUUCGAGUUCUCGGGGGCCCAACGCGGCACCAAGGCGGACCUCUUCGCGACGAAGCUCCGAGAGGCUAUCUCGGAUACGGCCAAGGUCGUGAGAGCCGUCAAAUGUGUGACCCUUGAGGUGACCGACCUCGACGACUCGGUCACUCAAGAGGAGGUGGUGGCAGCAGUUGCGGCAGCGGGGGGCUGCCCUGUCGCAUCCGUCAAGGGCCGAGCCAUUAGACCUGGCCGUAGGGGCAUGGGCACUAUGAGAUUAGAGUGCCCGGUCGUAGUUGCCAAGGCGCUUCUGGCUAAGGGUCGCCUCCCAGUCGGGCUUAGCUCGGGUGGGGUCCGAGUGCUCGAGGAUGCGCCGAUGCGCUGUUUCAAGUGCCUCGGCAUCGGGCACACCCGGCCUCUCUGCCCGUCCACUGCCGAGCGUGGGGAAUUAUGCUUCCGCUGCGGAAAAGAGGGGCACAGGUUGGCCACCUGCGAGGCUGCCAACACGCAUUGCGCAGUAUGCGCUGCCAGUGGUCGUCCAGCUAACCACGUGAUGGCGGGCAGGGAAUGCCGUCCGCCACAAAAGAAGGGCAAACCGCAGGCACCGGUGCGGCCUGCCGCUGCCGCCGCCACUGAAACUCCAGUUCCAGUGCCGGCCACCGAGGGAAGCGCGAUGAACACCGACUGA